AUGGCUGGACCGCCACCUUCGCCCCAUAAACCCCGGCGGAAGGCCAAGAAGACGAGCAACGGCAGCGACGUCUCCUCCGCGCCAGCCACCGCUGGGCGAUCCUCCUCUUUUCCGAGCCGACCUGCAUACCCCCUCGCUGCCUUCCUGUGGCCGGCACGGAGUUCUCUAUCCCAAUGGGAGAUAUUACCUCUGAUAUUGAUUGCAGUGGGUUUAUUCAGAUGGGCAGCUGGUCUUUGGGGCUACUCUGGAUUCCAGAACCCCCCUAUGUACGGAGACUACGAAGCCCAGAGGCAUUGGAUGGAGAUCACAACCCAAUUGCCCAUUUCCCAAUGGUAUUUCCACGAGCUUGAAUGGUGGGGCCUCGACUAUCCACCUUUGACCGCCUACCAUAGUUGGCUACUGGGCAAGAUUGGAGGAAUCAUUGACCCCUCGUGGUUUGCUUUAUACACAUCGCGCGGGCUCGAUGAUCCUAUUUUGAAGAUAUUUAUGCGAGCUACCGUCAUAGUGUCCGAAUAUCUCAUCUUCGUACCUGCUGCCGUCAUUUUUGUGAGGCGGCUUAGCAAGCUUCAAGAUGUCAAUACGUGGAAUUCUUCAAUUGCCCUGACGGCGAUUCUGAUGCAGCCGGGCAUUAUUUUGAUAGACCAUGUACAUUUCCAAUACAAUACGGUCAUGUUGGGCUUGGUACUUGCUGGCAUGUCAAGUGUCCUAGCCGGGAGGUUCAUGUGGAGCUGCGUCUUCUUCGUUGCAGCACUUGGGUUCAAGCAGAUGGCAUUAUAUUACGCCCCAGCGAUGUUCGCAUACCUGCUCGGCGUUUGCAUUUGGCCCCGGAUCAACAUCGCGCGAUUUCUGGGUAUUGCACUUGUAACCUUGGCCUCGUUCGCUGUACUAUUACUGCCAAUUUUCUUGGGAGCCCUUUACGACUCCUACCGUGGUAUUGAUGCUCGACCCGACCUCUUUGGGCAUGCGGCUCCACUACCGAUUUUCACGGAAUACUCGUUCAGGCUCGACCACCAAGCUUGGUAUUACCCCAUCAUCCAGCAAGCUGCACAGGUUGUCCACCGAGUUUUUCCGUUCGCUAGAGGCCUCUUUGAGGAUAAGGUCGCUAACUUCUGGUGCGCCCUGAACGUUAUUGUCAAGCUUCGACAAUAUCCGUCUGAGCUCCUCCAAAGAGCCUCAUUGCUUGUUACGCUCGCCUCCAUCACACCCCCUUGCCUUGUCAUUUUCGUGAAGCCUCGAAAAGAUUUAUUGCCGAUAGCUUUGGCAACCACCGCAUGGGGGUUCUUUCUCUUUAGCUUCCAGGUCCAUGAAAAGAGUGUUCUAUUACCAUUAAUGCCCAUGACUGCCUUAUUGGCAGGCAAGCAUGGACUGAGCAAAAAUUCCCGCGCCUGGAUUGGAUUCGCGAAUCUGCUCGGGGUGUGGACCAUGUUCCCGCUCCUUCAACGCGUCGACUUACGUAUUCCAUACUAUGUCCUGUCCCUCCUAUGGGCAUAUCUCCUUGGGCUACCACCGACAUCUCUAUCGGUAUACAAGCAAGACGGGCAUCCGACAUGGACUGGUUUUGCGACAACGACUGUACAUAUACUUACCUAUGUUGCCAUGGGAGCAUGGCACCUAGCCGAGGCAUUCCUUUCCCCGCCACAUGGGAAACCAGAUCUAUGGGUGGUAAUAAAUGUCGGGAUUGGGGCCGUAGGAUUCGGCAUCUGUUAUCUAUGGUGUUUGGGGAGUCUUGUCGUCGAAAGUGGGCUACUAGACGGGUCAAAAUCAGGGAAGAGAAAAGCAAAGUCCCAGUAA